AGAUACCACGACGGAGUUGGUUAAUGUGUCUCCGGCUGGCUCUUUCGCUAACCUCCUAAGCUGCGGGAUGUUAAUGCUUCGUUUUGCUAUUCAUGGCGUUCACAUCUUUGCGAAAUUGUAGCCACACCAACCCAGGAUUGGGUGUUCGGAAUCGUCCUCGAUAUCAAGGCUUCGAGCUUGACAUUUAUCCAUCCGGGAAAGUGAAAUCGACGUAUCAAAUCGUCAUAAUGGCAUGCGUCGUCACGACUCACGUCAACCGCGCAGAAUGCCAAGUGCUGUAUCAGUAUUACUUUUCCCAUAUCCCCACUCACGAUCGCUACACCUCCCUCGCAAUCACCUCUCCGACGCCAAGCAACAUGUGCUGUUCGAAGGACCAGAGCCAAGCUCAGCCCACAGAACACCACCAACAACGCCCAACGGUCUCGUACUCGGCCGCUACUUCCAUAUCCGGCGAACCCGCGCCGAGAAUGUUGCAUGCGCGGGUCGCCUCGCAGGUCAACGUCGCUCCACGGAUCCGGAAUUUGGGUGGUCAUCGGCCCAUCUCCGCAUCUGGUGGCGUUUGUUCGUGGCGCUCAACAACUCAGCUGAAGGGAAAAGCUUGGCUCGCACGUCUAGCUUGCGUUUGUACUUGGAUGAACGCUGUAGAUGAAGAUGCUAAGCUGGAUGGUAGUAUUGGAGGCUUGGAUCUGAUGGAUGUCACUUGGGUUGAUGGGGUGAGGGGUACGGCAAGGCUGAGAUAAGGUUGUUGGGUUUUGGAGGAGAGGGCACGAAGUGGGGCAAGGACGGAGGAUUGCUGUGGAAAGAGCGCAGGGACGGCCACUACCUCAUAUAGUGAGUAAUGUUAGCAGAGACGACACAGCAGUUCAGCAUAUAGCAAUAUGUUCGUGACAUGAGAUGGAAGGGUAUUCACAUAUUAGAUUGGUAGAAAUGAAGCAUUUUGUUGAGCCUAACAUUACAUCCAACACAUCCGUAGAGGUGUGCACCAACUCAUUGUCGAGCAUUAUUGCAUUAAACA